AUGGCCAUAUCAUUUUUGUACCGUGAAGGACCAGCUGAACGUUUAAAGCGUCUAAAGCUUCCUGCAAUGCGGAAGGGUAAUGGAUUCUAUUUGAGUCGAGUCCCUUUCUGUUGGACGGUUUAUGUCGCCAAUCCUAUUGCUGCCAAGCAGCUCUUAUUAAAAGCAGAAAACUUUCCCAAGUCUCAUUUCCUGAUGGAGACAGUUGGAAAAGAUAGUCCUUUUGUACAGUUUCUAGGCCCUGAUAAUGUAGUUAACUCUAAUGGUGAAAACUGGAAAAAGCAAAGAAAGGUCAUGAACCCAGCUUUUCACCGCUCCAUGCCUGUAAAGACAAUAGCUGGAGUUGUCCUCACUCUUUUUGCUGUUAUUGACAAAUAUAAAGGCAAAGUUCCUGUUACUUCAACAAUGCAAGAGUUUACUCUCGAUGUCCUUGGGCUCGCCAUAUUUAAUUUCGAUUUUGGGUCCUUGAAGGGGGAUGCAAAGAAAUGGCGUGCAGAAUAUAAACUUGUGAUGGAGACUCUGUUUGAUCCAGUUACAAACGUCUUUACUGGGUUUGAUUUUCUUCUCCGAUAUAUUUAUCCAAAGCGUAUAAAGGGCGCAAACGCUGUGAACAAUUUAAACAAGUUAUUUGAUCAACUAGUCAAGCAGAAACGCUUAGAGGUUCAAAGUGGGGUUCAUGCGAACAAACCUCAAAAUGAAAAGGAUCUGCUUACGCUUAUGCUGGAAGCUGAACAAAGAGGAGAGGCAAUGACUACCGAUAUGGAAAUGAGACACAAUGUCGCAGUAUUUUUCUUAGCCGGUCAUGAGUCUACAGCACACGUACUUUCAUUUACUCUGUAUUUUCUUGCCAAAAAUAAGUAUGUUCAACAGAAGCUUAGAGAAGAGGUAAGUCGUGUUAUGGGAAGAAAGUCUGUGGAUGUCGCGCCUACUCUCGAGGAACUAAGACAAAUGGAAUACCUGUACGCUGUAAUCAAAGAGAGCCUUCGACUGUGUAGCAUUUUCGAUGUACUAAUUUUGCGUGAUGCAGUAGAGGACAUGUACCUGGAUGACACUUUCAUCCCAAAGGGCACAAGAAUCACCAUCGACGUGAGCGCAAUCCAGCGUGAUCCCAAGGUUUGGAAUAACCCAGAUGACUUUAUUCCUGAAAGAUUUAUGGAAGGUGGAGAAGCAGAAGGACAUGAAGGCAUGACCUGGUUACCUUUUGGAGGUGGCGCACGACAGUGCAUCGGAAUGAACUUUAGUCUGACCGAACAGAAAGUUGCUUUGGCAAUGCUUGUACAAAGAUAUGAUAUUGAUGUUCCCAAGGACUCGAUUCACUAUGAGGAUAUUGCUUACGAAAGGCCAUUUUAUCUUGCACCACAAUCCUUGGAGUUAACCUUUACAAAGCUUCAUUAA